AUGUUUGGAUCAAAUGUUUGUUGGCAAAAUGCUUAUAAAAAUCUAUUUGCCGGAUGUUCUGAGAUUUUGGCUACUAAUGAUAAAAGAUCUAGAUUAGCUUGGCAUUUAAGUGAUUGUUUUCAAAGAGAUUCUGGCAGGCCUUCCUUUCCUCACUGUGACUCAAAAACACCGAUUGCUAAAUGUCUGAGAAACUUAGAUGAUCUUGCUCAUAAGGUUUAUCUCGAAUUCUACCUCGAAACCAACUCCAUUUGCUAUCAACUACAGACACAUGCAUUUAAACAUGAAACUGAGAGACUUGUAACUGAAUUGAAAAAUUCUGCUCAAUAUGUGGAGGACAAGUUAGAUAGCAUUGAAGAGAAAUCAGAUUGUCUAUUACAAAACUCAAAACAAAUUUCCGAAUCUCUCGAAUCAGUUAAUAGUCACACACAGUUAGUAGCACAAACUGUCAAGAAUGUGGAAGGCAAUAUUGAUGUGGUAUUAAGACAUUCCAAGAGUGUCUAUGAGCAAACUACGGAAAUUGCAGCGUCACAUUCGCAACUAAAAGAAGGCCAAGAGGACAUGAAGAGGAAUUUAGAGGAUGGAGUAGCAUUGCUUCAAGAAUCUUAUAGCUAUUUGGGUAAAGAAAUAGAAAAGUUAAGAGAUGAAACCAUUGAGAUUGAGAAUGAGGUCAUCAAAGUAGGAGAUGCAAUGUCAUCAAAGAUGAAUAAUCUGCAAAACAAUGCUGAAGAUAUUGGAAAUAUGGCAGGGAUCUCUUUAGAUAAACAACAACAACUUUUAGACGGACAAUCCACAACACUCGAGGGUCUAAAUUCAUUGAAUGAGGUUCAAUUCAAAGCGCUAGAAGAAAGCAGGAAAAGCGUACAAUAUUUUGCAGAAUAUGGACAUAGGCAACAAGAAGAGCUUCUAAAGAGGCAAGAACAAAUUAAAGGACUACAUGAUAAACUAAUGGAAAAUUUAAAAACAAUUUUGUAUGCUCAGGAACAGGAACGGAAUGCAAGGAAGACGAACAGUAACGGCGACAAACAAACGAACAGGAGCAGGAACGGCGGCAAGAAUGAGAGAAACGAACGGUAA